UGAAACUUAAACACAGCCCCCGCCGUCCGCCGUAUGAAUCUUGCAACAAUCAAGGAUGCGCCCCAACACGAUCGAGCUCGUCUCCGAAUGCCUCUGCAAGGCCAACCGCUUCACCACGCGGGUUCCGCUGUUGCGACUGCCGCUCAGCGCGACAUGCUGCCACUGCAGCACCUGUCGGCACUUUACGGGAGGGCUGUACACGUGCACCACGGCAUGGCCAGAGCAGGAGGAGGAGGAGGAGGAGGAGGAGGAGGAGAGAACGGAAAACAACUAUCCUCGGUCCCCCUUCUCGGCGAAUGCGGACAUCUUCUUCUGCGCGACCUGCUGCACGCUCAUGUUCUUCGACUGUACGGAAGACGGCAAAGCGUCGUAUGGCGUUAUCGGCAAGGCGCGAGAGCUGGUGAAGAUCCGACAUAACAAGUUCCUGGCUGGCACGCUUGAUGGCGGGGCGCUGCCGUGGACGCGGGACGCGAAUCCAGUGGAUAUGGGGAGGCCGAGAAUGUGGAUGGACGGCGAGCAGGUGCCGAUCAGAUGCUACUGUGGCGGCGUUGACCUUGUGCUGCUGAAUCCCCGGGGUGCGACUGGGGUCGUUUCUCCAGACUUUGUCGACGCCAAGACGGGCAAGAGGAGAGUCGUCGUCGACGCCUGCGGCUCGUGCAGCAAGGUUGUAGGCACACCUCUCACCUACUGGACAACAGCGGAGCUCCGGCACAUCGCUUACCCGCCGUCGUCAAUCUCGGCCAGACAGUUCCCCCGGGACACGUCUGAGCUGGCGGCGGCGGCGGUUGAGCAAGCACAAUCACAGCGUGGUGGGGAGGGCAAAGCCAACGGGCUGGGCUCACUGAUGGUAUUCGGCAGCUCGCCCGGCGUGCAGCGAUAUUCAUGUGCCCGUUGCUCCGCGACGGUAUUCUAUGCCCACCAGCAGAAUCCAGGACAAGUGAAUGUUGCCCUGGGUGUUCUUAGGACCGGAGAUGACGGCGUGCGGGCGGAAAGGGUCUUGGCGUGGGAUUUGCCGAGGUCUGCGGUGCAUUUCGUCGAUGAGUGCCGAAGCGAAUGGAGGAAGGCGGUAGUGGAAAGAAUGAUCGCAAGUGCAGAGAGAUGGAAUGCAGAGAACGAUCGAGCGAGGACCAGGUACAGGUAGUUUGUUGUAUUCAGAAUAACCCCGUAGUAUGCAAGAGAUCAGAGCCAGAUUUCGUUUGGCCAGCCCAAAUGACAAAGGAUAUAAAUGUGACCGAAUGACAAAGUGACCUUCCAAGUGCUGAGUAUCAAACUCUUUUCGUGAUCGGACGCAGAA